AUGAAGUUUACAGAAGGGAUGUGGCGGACCCGGUCGGGCGUGUCUUUCAACUGGAUGGGCAACGUGGAGCGGCUUCACGUCGAUGAACACAACGCCGUCGACCUCCUGCUCACAAAGACGCAGAGGAGCCGGGGCGACACCCUCAACGUUGGCACCCUCUCUGCUCGAGUCCGCACUCCGCUCCAGGGUGUCGUCGCCGUGAACUUCUCCCACUGGACCGGCGAGGAGGAUCGGGGCCCUCAUUUCCCCCUGUUCGAGUCGCCGACGACCCCGGAGAUCAACCACUCCAAGGGCCGAUCGCUAGACUAUACGAGUGGACCGCUGGCCUUGUCCGUCAACACCGCCCCCAACCAGCUGGCAUUCACAUACUCGUCCAACUCGAAAAGACUCACCGGCCACUCAUUGCGGUCCAUCGCCGUGGUGUCGUCCUCGGACUCGCCCAGGUACAGGAUCGACGAGGGCAUGUACGCGCAGCAGGACAACUAUAUCCUCUUGGAGCUCGACCUCUCGGUCCACGAGAAGAUCUACGGCCUCGGGGAGCGGUUCGGCCCGUUUGUGAAGAACGGGCAGACGGUCGACGUCUGGAACGAGGACGGCGGGACCAGUUCCGAGCUGACGUACAAAAACGUCCCCUUCUACCUGUCCAGUCGUGGAUACGGCGUCUUCGUCAACAACCCGGGCAAGGUCAUGCUGGAGAUCCAGUCGGAGCGGACCACGCGGGUCAACAUUGCCCUCCAGGGCGAGAGCCUCGAGUACAUGGUCAUCGCGGGCCCGUCGCCCAAAGACAUCUUGGACCGCUACACGGCCCUGACCGGUCGUCCUGGAUUGCCGCCGGCGUGGUCCUACGGUCUCUGGCUCACGACCUCUUUCACCACGUCGUACGACGAGCAGACGGUCACGUCGUUCCUCGAGGGGUUCAAGUCGCGGGACAUCCCUCUGAGUGUUUUCCAUUUUGACUGUUUCUGGAUGAAGUCCUUUCAAUGGUGCGACUUCCAAUUCGACGACGAAAACUUCCCAGAUGCCCAGGGCUACCUGCGCCGCCUGAAGGAGCGCGGCAUGAAGGUCUGCGUCUGGAUCAACCCGUACAUUGCGCAGGCGUCGCCCCUGUUCCUCGAAGGGAAGAAGAAGGGCUACUUCAUCAUGCGCGCUGGCACGCCGCGGCCGACCGUCUGGCAAUGGGACAACUGGCAAGCCGGCAUGGCCGUGGUGGACUUCACCAACCCAGCCGCGCGGGAGUGGUACGCCUCGCACCUGCGGAGGUUGAUGGACAUGGGCGUGGACAGCUUCAAGACCGACUUUGGCGAGCGCAUCCCUUUCCUCCCGCACCAGGUCACGUACCACGACGGCAGCGACAGCGUGCGCAUGCACAACUUCUACGCCUACCUGUACAACAAGACCGUGUACGAGGCGAUGCAGGUCAAGGGCAAGGCGCCGUGUCUCUUUGCGCGAUCUGCUACGGCCGGAGGGCAGCAACUCCCCGUCCAUUGGGGAGGAGACUGCGAGAGCACGUUUGAAGCCAUGGCCGAGACGUUGCGCGGCGGACUCUCCCUCGCGCUCUCGGGCUUUGCCUUUUGGGCUCACGAUAUUGGUGGCUUUGAAGGGCUGCCCGAUCCAGCCCUAUACAAGCGCUGGGUCCAAUUCGGGCUGUUGGGGAGCCACUCCCGUCUACACGGCAGCUCGAGCUACCGCGUGCCUUGGAUCUACGAUCCAGAGAAAUACCCGGGCGAGGAUCAAGCCUGCAGCAAGGUCCUGAAGGAGAGUGCAGAGCGGAAACUGGCGCUGAUGCCGUACCUCUUGCGCGCGGCGCUCCAAGGCCAUCUCAAGGGCACGCCCGUCAUGCGAGCCAUGUUCCUCGAGUUUGGAGAAACCGACAUGAACGUCUGGCCUCUGGACACCCAGUAUAUGCUCGGCAGCGAGCUCCUUGUCGCGCCGGUAUUUGAUAAGGGGGGAGAAGUGACCUUCUACGUCCCGUUCUCUCGGGCAGACGCGGAUGCCACCCCUGCCACGGAGUCCAAGUGGCGGAGUUUCUUUGACCACGGCAAAACAUAUGAGGAAGGCCGGUGGUACACGGAAAAACACAAAUUCGAUACCUUGCCGCUGCUUAUCAGGCCUGGAGCUGUGGUCCCAUACAAUCCGACCCUGAAGGCGCCGGAUGGAGACAUCUCCACGGGUCUGCAGGUCCUAGUCAACGGGCCACUAGCAGGUGAAAAAACGGUCGAGCUCGUCGAGGCAGGGGACGUGUCGCGGGUAUCAAGGACGUUUACCGUCGAUCAGAGUCUUGUAAUCAAAGGGAUAGAAAGCGUCCAAGUUCUGGAUUUGUCAAAGGCAUAG